GAUGCAGCGGUUGCAUUGAAAGAAGAAUGCGAGGCAUCUGAGCAAUGCAUAGCCUAUGAUCGGCACAGCUACUGUGGAGAAUUUGGUCGUUCCCAGCUGCCACCGAAGAUAUGUCAGUGCCAGUUUGGCUUCAACAUGAAGGACCUACACAACCAGCCCAGGUGCAUUGAAAUUGCAAAUGCAUUUGGGACACCCCUGUUUGACAGCAGGGACACUGUGCCCAUUGUUAUGGGCUGCCUGGCAGCAGGCCUUGCCCUUGUUGCUUGCUGUGCUGGUAUAGUCCAGCUGCUCAGAAUUAAGCACCGCUCAGUGCCAUUCCGGACAGGUGCAGCCCCGGAGCCUCAUGAGUCAGUGGUGCUCAGUCUUCAACCAUAUGCCGACUUGGUCCCCUUCCGUGUUCCAACCUGCAAUGGGACCUCUCCAGUUGUCCCCUAUGCCAGCGACUUCUAUCAGACCAGUGCAGCGAUUGUCGAGGACAUGCCACCGAGUUACGAGGAGGCAGUGAAAGAUGCACAGAUCUUGCCACCACCGUCAUACAUGGAGCACAAGCCCGAAGAAUAGGAUUCACUGAAAAGCCUUCCUGCUUGGCAAAUCUUGUGAUGUGCUCUCGAGAAGCGUCUCUGCACGAAAGCCAGUGUACAUUGUGAGGCAUGAUUCUUCUUUGGACGACUUGAAGGGUCUCGUAGUGCCACACAUCAUCUAUACAAUUUAAGGAAAAAAAAUGUUCAUUGUCCCCAUCUUAAGUACUUGUGCAAAUGUCAAAGGUUUUGCCGUUUUGUUAUGUUCCGAUGUGCCCUGAAACAGCGUUUUCGAAGAAUAUAUUUUCCCCAACAUGUUUCAAGCAUUCUCCUCUUGCUCCCUCCCUGAAUGAACACUAUUGUCCCCUCAAGUGUAAGCAAAAUAGAAUUCCACAGAAUGUACAGUAAGACUGAACAGCACAAGCACUAAUCCUCAGUUAUACAAUUACUGGGAACGAAAUGUUGAAACUUAAGCUUGUUGGUGUAGCUUUGCAGUUACGAGCAGGACGAAAAGGAACACCUGAUCUCAGUGCGGGGGUGUGUUCUUCCUUGUUGCCCUCGUCGAGAUUACUGGGAAAUCUUUGCUUUCUCAAAAAAAUAUUUUUGUCUUGUAUUGAUGUAACAAUUAUAGACACUCAAGCUGCAAGGACACUGUCAUUGCUGCCGUUAUGCUGGCCGACUGAAGGGCUCAUGUGCGGAGGGUUCAAGGGCCUCUAGCUAUGCUACAAAAUACGUCAACACGGGAUGUCGAUGGGCGUCGCUGGAGCCGACGUUUCGCCAAGCGGACAUGUCUUCUUCAAAGCUGCAACUGCAGUUGAAGCCUCGAAGACACCGUGUUGAUGAAUUUUAGAUGCAAAGCAUCUUAUAGCGGAGUUCAAACCGGUGGUGGUGGUGGUGGUGUGCAGCGUGACCACCCUUAAAGGAGCACUGACACAAAAUUUCGAAGGCGAGAUAAUGAGUGAAAUAGAUGUAUGUGGAGCCGUACACAACGUCUACGAAAUAUCAAGGGCUAAUAUAGCCUAGAGCAUAUUUAAAAUCAAUUUUAAAGUGCAUGCCGCGCGACUGAGCGAGAUGCGAGCGCUUCGCGACGCCGACAUCAACGCGGCGGAUGUGUACACAAACCUACGUCACGAGUUUGUGUUGGCUGGUGGCUGGUUGUGCCCUUGCGCUUGUGCCGUGCUACCUGCGAUUUCUUCCUCCGUGCCUGCGGCUUUGCGUGUGCUAGUUGUGUUCUCUUCCGCUGUUCGCUCGUCGUGCCCGUUGGCAGAUGUUAUGGCCCGCUCACGCUAGCGGCAAGCCUGCCGCAACGGCGCGGUGCCGCAGAACGUCGGCCGUCGCCGCACGCGCGAGAGAUGUCCAGCUUGCACGGCAAGCUUCGCCGGCGAGGCAUUCG